CGCACGAGAUGGACGUGACAGGACUCCUCUACAUCAUGUCGCGGCAAUGGCUUUUUACGACGACCCUGGACGUGAGGCGAUUCUCUGCGCGCGGCUGAUCCUAGAUGCUGAUUCUGAGGGAACCAGUCUUGGAUCCAAAGAUGAGGACGGGAGGAUCCCUCUUCAUUAUGCCUCGGCCGUAAUGGGUGAGAAUCUGCAGUUGCUACCGCUUUUGAUCGAUGCGACUACAGAUCAGACCCUAGUUCUGGCGCAAGAUAAGUGGGGCCAGCUUCCUCUACAUUAUUCAAUAGCAAUUCGUCAUCAUGGCGGGGCUGCUUGCUUUACGAGCAAAUUCGUGGCUGCACUGCUUCAGGCAGAUCAUGAAAAGAAGUCGCUACAUAUUGCGGAUAACAGUGGCAGGCUUCCAGUGCAUUGCCCAGCCUUGGAGGGCUGCCUGGCGUGUGUCAAGCUCUUGGUCGAAGCUGACGUCACAAGAUCGAGUCUACUUGUACGAGAUCGGGAUGGAGCUACACCGCUUGAAUGUGCGCAGCGGGGGCAAGAGGAUCACGAGAGGGAAGGGUACAGAACGGAGUAUCUGGAAGACAAACUCAAUAAAUACAUUGACGUCGUUCAAUAUCUCACCAAGGCUACGGCAGAAGCGCAAAGACUUCAAGCGAAUGAAUCGAAGGUAGCCGACUCGACAGCAGGCUCUUCAAGCUGAAUCUCACAU